AUGGAUUACUACAAAGGAAAUUUGGCAUCGAGCGAUUUCGCAGGCGUCGAUCACAAAAUGCCAUUUUCUUUUCCCUAUAGACAACAUGCAUAUUCGCCAUUUUGGCAAGCCCCAAAUUCGCAAGCAAACUUUUGUGAAGAGGACUACAUCAUUACGCCUUAUAUCGCCGAGUUCAUGAACACGUUGACUAAUUUGAUAUACCUAUUCUACGCAUAUCAUGGGAUAAAAAAUAACGCGAACCGGAAAGACGCAAUAUUAAGGAACCUGCCUUAUUUAGGCAUUGCCUGUGUUGGAAUUGGCUCUGGAGUUUUCCACAGCACGUUGAAAAACUACACACAAUGGGGUGAUGAUCUCUCGAUGCUUGUAGCGACAGCGACUGUUAUCCAUCGUGUGUUUACAUACGACAAAUCACUGAACUACACUGUGAUUCAUGGCCUAACUUUGUUUUCGGCAAUGACAGCCUUCAGCAUAUGGCAUUGCGUUACGGAUGAGCUGUUCAUGCAUUCCGUAGUAUUUGGUGUUAUGAUUGUUAUUGUUAGACAAAAAACCCGAUCAGUCAUCAAAGUACGGGUUACCGAUCCCGCCGUUCUAAAAGAUGUGCGGCUAUUGGCUGUUUUUGGAGCCAUCUUUUUUGCAAGUGGUUUCGCUAUCUGGAAUGUGGAUAUCAUGAUGUGUAACACAUUAACAGCAUGGAAGCGUACCAUAGGAUUGCCUUGGUCAUUCGUUCUUGAGCUCCAUGGCUGGUGGCAUAUUCUUACUGGUUUGGGUGCAUAUAUUUUCAUUGCACUAGUUGAGUAUCUCACCUCGGAGGAAGCAGGCCAGCCGCUCGGCUCUCGUUUUGCAUGGCCGGUUGGUUACCUUAUUUCUAGCAGCGGUAAAUCGUCUUCAUCCAAAAUCAACCAUAAGCAUGCAGGCAUAAACACGAACAAGGCUUUUGAGAAAGUAAAAGGAUCUAGUAGUGUCAAACACGCUAGUGGUAGUAACAAUGUUGCUGGUCUGUUUGGUGUGAAAGACCUCAAGACAGCGUAG